AUGACAUAUUUCGGUAAAAAGCCUAUUAUUAAUGACGAUAAAGAAAAUGAAAUUCCAAUCGCAGGGUCAGGGAUCGGAACUCGUCCCAGAUUCAAUAAAUGUAAAAUCAAACCAAUGGUCGGAUUUAUCAGACCUGGAAUAGCUACAAGUGGGCUAUGUACAAUAGUAACAAGUGGCUAUGUGCAAUAG